AACCAUUAGAAGUUUAACUUAAGAGCUCUAAAGGACAGCUAAGGUGGUUCGAUUCCAUUUCGGCAUGGCGAACCUGUCCCCUUCCCUCUCUACGAGUCCUUCCCUCGGGGGACCCACCCCCUCCUCUCCGGCCGCCGCCGCCCCCAAGGAUCGGAAAAUGGCCUCUGCGGAGCAGUUGGUUCUGGAUCUUUGUGAUCCCGAGCUGAGAGAGAACGCCCUCCUCGAUCUCUCUAAGAAGAGAGAGAUAUUUCAAGAUCUAGCACCGCUGUUGUGGAAUUCCUAUGGCACAAUAGCGGCACUGCUUCAGGAGAUAGUUUCAAUUUAUCCUGCUCUUUCGCCCCCAACACUGUCACCUGGAGCGUCAAACCGAGUUUGCAAUGCACUUGCUCUUCUUCAGUGCGUUGCAUCACACCCAGAUACUAGGAUUCUUUUCUUAAAUGCUCACAUACCUUUGUAUCUGUACCCUUUUUUAAAUACCACAAGUAAAACAAGGCCAUUCGAGUACUUAAGACUUACAAGCUUGGGAGUUAUUGGUGCUCUUGUGAAGGUUGAUGAUACCGAGGUUAUCAGUUUUCUUCUUCAGACGGAAAUAAUUCCCCUAUGUCUUCGCACCAUGGAGAUGGGCAGUGAACUGUCAAAAACAGUGGCCACCUUUAUUGUUCAAAAAAUUCUAUUGGAUGAUGUUGGUCUUCGAUAUAUUUGUGCUACUCCAGAGCGCUUCUUUGCUGUAGGUAGUGUUCUGGCAAAUAUGGUUGUGUCACUAGCUGAGCAACCCUCGACAAGGUUGUUGAAGCAUAUAAUACGAUGUUACCUUAGGCUAUCAGACAAUCCAAGAGCAUGUGGAGCUUUGCAGACUUGCCUCCCUGAGAUGUUAAAAGAUGGAACUUUUAACAAUUGCCUUCGGGAUGACCCUGCUACCCACCGAUGGCUUCAACAGCUGCUACACAAUGUGAGUGGAGGAAACUUGGUGGCCUCUCUCCAGGCAGGACUUGAUCACAUGAUGGCAAACUAGAUAACAGUCGAGCUUUUUGUUCUCGUAUUCAGGCGUGCGGACUGUCAUAACCAUUUUAUGUUCGAGAUAUCUUGUUUCAUGUAUGUUUUAGGCUUAUGUGAAGAUGCAAUUUAUAGAGCAAUGUUGUAACGUAUUAAGUUAUUUGAAAGACUCCGUAAGCACCAACAAUCUUUAUAGAGGGUACUGUGAGUGGACUUGUGUUUGUAUAAUGUGUAUAUAAUGAAUGUCAUGAUUAAAGUUAUAAUCUUCGACUUUGUUAUGCUAUGCGGUCCUGGUCCGCAUAGACCGACUAUUUUUUCAUCCACCAGGAAACUUAGGGUAUUUGAUGGGGCAAACUUAACUCGAUUACCGUGUUUAAAUAAUCAUUGGAUAUGAAAGCUUAAAUUGUAUAUCA